GUCUCGUCUCGACCGAGAUUUGUCGAGACGAGAUGGCGUUGGUCUCGUCUCGAUCUCGUCUCGUCCCGAAAUCUUUCGAGACGAAAAAGUUGGUCUCCUCUCGUCUCGUAUCUCGUCUUGUCUCGAAAUUUUCGAGAUAGUCUCGUCUCGCGCCGAGCACUAAUUAUAAAUAUGCUCAGUCUCGGUACUUUUGAGAGCCAUGUACCUUUUUGUACACCCAAAUUUGACUUGACCCAAGUUAUAAGGUAAUAUUUAAAUUUCGGGAAAAAUUCCCGGGAUUUCCCGGGAUUUUUCACGGCUAAAACCGGGAUUCCCGAUUCCCGGGAUUUUAAAAAUCGUCCGGGAUUGGGAUCCCUAGAUCUGUCCCAACGUGCAGGAGUCAAAUAUAUGUAUUAGAUAUCCGUUCGGUUAAAUGAACUUUGGAGAUAUUUUUUCUACAAAGUGAAAGGGGAAACUUAAUCAUUUAUAGUAAAUUGAUGAAUAUUCGUAGCAUCCGGCCAAUAAUUUGACAAUCUCUCACUAAAUUAUUCACUCAACCAUAGAUUUAUUGGGUAUAUAUGUAUGUAUGAAUAUUUUUGCGAAUUUAAGAGUUGGGAUUUGCGAAUUAAGUUACCAGUAUUUCUACAUAAUCCCAUAUGUUAGUUCGAAGGUGAUAAGAUAUUUGACAAAUUAUGUAUGUACUACUAUUCAUGUGAGAAAGUGUAUCCCCAGAAAUUCCAAUAGGUGAAGUACUUAUAAGUAUGUAUGUACGCUCUGCAGAAUUGAUUUCGAUGCCAGACUUCAAAGUUUCCAAGAUAUUAGAAACAAUUAUAUAUUUAUUAAGUACCUCCCUGUUAAGAGAAAUUUGUCUUUGAGUUAAGAGAAAUUUGUCUUAGCACGGGCACGCUUUUUUAACAUGAAGAGUAAUUAAAGUCUUGUGAGUCUGUACACGGUAGACUAUUUUACACCUUUACCAUGAGAUGACAGUUGCCUCGUUAAUUAAUUCCAAUCCAACUAAUGCUAAGAAGCAGCCGAAAUAAUUUUGAUGAGUUACGUCAAUAUACAAUUUAACCCGCCAUGUUAAUAAUUUGGUUAAACAUUCAUGCAACGUAGGUCGUUAAUUUAAAGGCGUUCCUAAGUUUUUUGUCCUUUACAGAGCAAAGGAAGCAGAAAAUUAAGCGUAGGUAGAUCGGACAUGAAAUAGGAGUAUCCAUUGAGGAUCAACUAAUUUGGCACGUGGAAUUGAAUAAAUGUCUGCAAUGUUAAAUUCCGGAAAAACAAAAUUGUUAUACUACGUACAUAAACCUUGAUGUAUGUUUACCUAAUGUACUUUAUAAUUUAAUUUUUAUCGGGCCCAAAAUUAUAUGAAUAUUUUUUUAAUAGCUCGAUAUUUAUUCAAUGUCUAUCGCGAUUACCAUUGCUGGUAGUAAUUUGAUCAUCUAAUGACAAUAUUUUUUGUAUUACAAUUUUUUAAAUAAUUAAGCAUGCAUAUCCCAUUCUAUAUUUAGUACUGGAUAAUGCCAACAUAAACUAACCUUUAAUUCCGAUACCUACUUUAUGGCUGAAAGGAGAACCGAGUUAAAUAUGUUUAUUUAGGUAUUUAGUACAUACAAAUUUUAGCAAUCUGUACCAACAUUUUUGUUGAUGUUUUUCAUCAUGAUUCAGCCAAAUAAGCCAGAGUCAAGUCAAACUACAAAUUUAAAAUAUUCUUAAAAUGUUAGACUCGAUAGGACACGAUUUUCAAGGGAGUCUGUCCCAAGAUGAUCACAUAUCGUAUGACAGGAUGCGGCGAAGAUCUUCCAUCUAUUGCGAAUUGAGCGUCCCUCCUUCGUCGGCAGAACCAUCCAUCUCAAAACUGGAAGAUCCGCCCUCUGUGACCUUCUUCUAUAAAAUCUUGGAGUUAUCGUGUAAAGCGAAGAUCAUCCCGUUCAAUUGGAACGCCACGUUGAGACGGUUUUCCUCCGUGGGGGCGACAGAUUUGUGGGGACACGGUUUGAUAAAUCUGCACAGUGUGAUCAUGUACUCUGUGACGAUUUUCUCCUUCUUUCGCCUCGUCACGAAUGUGGGGAAGGAGAGGGACGCGUUUCCUUUGAUGAUGAAGAUCGUGAAUGUCUCCUGGCUUCUGGCCUCAAUCCAGAUAUCGGUUAUCUUUCUGCAAAACUGGUUCUUACGGGGGGACGUGAUGCAAUAUGGAAAUGCAAUACUGGAUAAAAUAAGCAUUGAAGGGAAAUUUUAUGACUCAAAAGCCCUCUGGACUGGGAUAGUGCUCCUACUUCUGAAUCCUUUGCCCCACGGCAUGGUUGCUAUGCACACCCCCUGCGCUCCAAACUUGAUCAGUUCAAUCGUCUUGAACUGCUCGUCAAUUGGGGAUCACGACCAUGCCAAGUUUGGGGUGACGAAGUUGUUGAUUCUGGGCUGCUGGGAACUUUACUUCAUGACGGUCAUUUUCACUGUGGCUUUCAUCACGUGGGCAUUCGUCUAUCUGGGGGUUUCACUAGCCGCGCAGGAAAUGAAUGAUAUGCGGCUGAAUGACAUCCCAUUUGAGGAAGGAGUCCCGACCUACAUUGAACUGAAGAGGGUCACAAACCUGCUUAACGUUGCCUUCAAACCGUACCUGUCCACCUUCUCGAUUAUCAUCAUGGCCAUCUGCUCAAUCUUGCUGUUUGGAAGCAUCCGACUUUGGGAUGUCGACUUUCGAGCGGUCACCGUGUUCCCGUUCUGUGCGGUUAGAUGCGGGCAUGAGACGUUUAGCCAGAUCUUGAUGACGGGACAGAUGCGGUUUGCGUCAGACCGGUUGAAGCACUACUGGGCGGGAAGGAUGCAGGGGAGGGGACCUUGGGAGAGAAAGAUGUUCGCGUGCUGGUCGAAAAGUGGGGUGAAGGUCAAGGCGGGCAUCUUUUUUACUUUCUCGAGGUGGGUUGUGAUCAUUUGUGUGAACAACUUUAUAGAUCAGACCCUCAACUUGUUGGUUAGUGUGGAAAGAUAGAAUAAAAGAAGAUAUUUAUUCUCACCAAAGUUGCUGUGUAAUUUCGUAAAGUUUGUAUGCAUAUAAGUACAUAUAUAAUUUAUGUAAAUGGAGUAUAUUACGUAUUUUAAAUGGGUAAAGUUAUAAAGUAAGUAAGUAUGUAAUGAUAUAUAAUAUGUACACAUGUGUGCAAUGGAUUCUCAUGAGUAGAUAAAUAUUUCAGGUUAAAGUUAAGGAAAAUUAUAUUACUAAGCAAUAUGAAUAAACCUUUAGAAACGAACAAAAUGAUAAUGUUUUCAAACUCACUGAGGAUCGCUAACAAUCGCCAACAAUUUUUAUUUCGAAACUUUGACAAAACACAUUCUUCAGGCUUCAACACAAAAUAAAUCUUAAUGAAAUACA